GUUCAACGCAUUACCCGCCAAGAAAGUGACCGGGCGGCACGUUUCAAAAUUUAAAAAUCGAACGCCCAAAUUAAAAAGAAAAACCUUCGCGCGCGUUUUGACUUUGACAUAUUGUAUUUUUACUUUUUUCGUUUAUUUUUUUAAUUCGGUGCAUUGAACUUGUUGUCGAAUGGAGUGCAGCCACAGUGCAGCGUACGGUUUCGUCAUAAGUGGUAUGUCGCACGCGCAGUGAAAGUGCCGUUGUGACGUAAGCGUUACAUUAGAAGAGAUAAUAUGGCGGAUAUUGGCCGUUUCGGGAAGCGGUGUCUUACUAUUUUUGGUAUCCUUCUGUUCUCAGAUAUCAGAUGCCAGUAUGCUGUCCACCACCCGGGUAGUCUCCUUCGUGAGAACAGCUGAGCAGUGGCCCAACCCUCAUCUGCAGCAACGGAACCCCCCGUGGCAUCAGUUCUCAUCACCCAGAAAAAGAUCUCCAGAAGCUCUACCCCAACAGUAUUAUAAUGGCCCUUAUAAUCAACCCUACUCGUACAACCAAAGCCCCUACUCUCCACAAGGGCUAAGUCAAAGCCCUUACACUCCACAGGGGGGCAACCAAAGCCCUUAUCUUCCACAAGAUCAAAACUAUCAACCAGAUUACGAACAAAGGGCUUCAUUCAACAUAUUCAACGCAGAACCAAACCCAAAUGAUGGAAGGCUCCUUUCAGAAUCAGCUUUCACAAAGAUAUCUGAAACUCUCGGUGCCAUAAACACUGUUGGACAUUAUCUGGUUGAUAUGGUCAAUGAAAAUGAGAGGAAUGAAUCCGAUCCCAAUUUACAACAGUUACCACAAGCUAUAUACACAAUAAGUAAGAACGUUUUAGGACCUAAUGUUACUGAUAAAAUAGCUCCCAUAGUCAAGAAAGCGUUACCAAGAGUGCUGCCUGAUGCACCUAUUACUAAAAUAGCAACAGGAGAUAUUAACAGAAAUGAUGAAGCCAAAUAUUGUACAACGCCUGAGGGCGAAGAGGGUAUUUGUGAAGAUUUGAGCAAUUGUCCACAACUUCUGUUAAAUUUAGUAAACUUGAGAGAAUCUUUAUGUUUCAAGGAUUUGUUUGUACCUGGAGUCUGUUGUCCAAAGAACGCAAUAGUACCUGAAACACCAGCUGUUGAAAAGCCCGUAGUAACAACAACGAGUAAGCCUACCUACUUAGUUCCAGUUACGACACAAAAGCCGAAACCACCAAAGAAACCUUCAGCAGUUUUGACACUGACUACUAUAAAGCCUAAACCUAUCCCUACCACUCAACGGCCCACAACAAGACCUACCACCAGAGCUACCACUACUACUGCGCGACCAACUCCGACAUCAACAUUCUUCACGGUUGCUCCUCCCAUACUUGGAAACUAUUCCCUAACUGUGGAUAUGGAUGACUGCGGCCAAAGAGAAGACGAAGGUGGCCGUAUAGUCGGCGGCACGGAGUCCAAGCCUGGCGCCUGGCCGUGGAUGGCCGCCAUCUUCCUGCACGGCAGCAAGCGGCGGGAGUUCUGGUGCGGAGGCACGCUGGUGGGCAAGCGGCACGUGCUCACCGCUGCUCAUUGCACAAGAGACUCCAAACAGCGACCUUUCCCAGCGCGGCAGUUUAGCGUCCGCCUCGGUGACGUGGACCUGGCCCGAGAUGAUGAACCAUCGCGUCCUGUCACCCACAGGGUGGCGGCUGUGAGGGCCCACGAACAGUUCUCCCGGGUGGGCUUCUAUAAUGAUAUAGCUAUAUUGGUGCUGGCAGACAACGUCCAAAAAUCGAAAUACGUGAUACCAAUCUGCCUUCCGUCUGGCGCGGACUUGUCCCGGCAGUUCGACGGCCACCUCGCCACGGUGGUGGGCUGGGGCACCACGCGGUACGGCGGGGGGGAGAGCACCAAGCAGCUGGAGGCCAAGCUGCCGGUGUGGAGGAACGAGGACUGCGACCGCGCGUACUUCCAGCCGAUCACCGCCACCUUCCUCUGUGCUGGGUACGCGAGGGGAGGUGUGGACGCUUGUCAGGGAGACUCCGGCGGCCCUCUCAUGCUGCAAACCAACGGUCGCUGGACGCAGAUAGGGGUGGUCUCCUUCGGGAACAAGUGCGGGGAGCCCGGCUACCCGGGCGUCUACACCCGGGUCACCCACUACAACGACUGGCUGCACCUGAAUACCGUGUGAACUGGCGUUGCUCUCUCAUCUCCGCAUCCGGUUCGCGUUCGGUUCGGAGUCAGCGUAAAAAUUAAAACCUUAAAUUUUGAAGCUUCGGCUGUGAUUUUUCAACCGGUCGCCAGUUAUGUUAAACCUCCAUGGGAAUGAUAUUGUUGCCUAGUUUUCUAGGCUAUAUAGGUGUCCCUUAGUCGCUUCGUACGACAUCCACGGGAGGAUAUGGUCCUAUUUCAGGGCAAAACCACACGCGACACGUUGUGUCGACUGUCUGUCGAAAAAAGAAUUGUAACGCCAUUCUAUAUAUUUUUGGACACGAAAUAUAUUGAGCUAUGGAGACCAGACACGUAUGAACACAUACCAAGAUUAUUUUCAGGGAGAGGCGUCUGCACCACUACACAAAUAGUAUUAAUCAAGUUUGUCACACAAAAUCUACUGGAGGGAUUUAAGGAAAUUUACUAUACGGGUAGAAUAGGACCACGGAAUAGCACAUAGAGUGAUUUUUAUAUAGAUAAUCAUCAAGAGCGAAGCCCCGGUGGCAGUUAGUUGAACAUGGAGUUAAGGCGAUCUUUGCAUAAUAAGGCAUUUAAGAAACAAAAUACGACAUUUCGAAACUGAUGGCCUUACAAAGUAAGUUUCCCCCCCACGCACUCCCAAAUUCAGUCGGUCGUAAAAUAAAAUACUUUCGGAAUCUGACAAAUAUGAACUAAAGAGAAAUAUAAACAUAAUUAAAAUUCGCCUUUAUGUAGAUUUAUAUUUACUUAGGUAUUUUUGUAAAGUUAACAUUGCAAGUAGCACUUUACGAGUUCAGUAAGCCAUAGGUAUACAGGGUGAUUUCUUAUACAUUGGCAUUAUUUUAUCUACACGCUCAGUCGAUGGUACUGAACAACGUUUCGUAUAGAAGCAACCUUGAAAUCGUGUAAAAAAAAUCAGCUGAUCCAUACAUUUUUCACAACUUAGGUAUUUAAUUUUGUGUAGAACAGAUCAUUCUAAAAUUUAUUCAAAAUCAGCUGACUGAGCAUUCCGCAUGUAGACAAAACAUUGCCAAUGUAUAAAAAGUCACCUGUAUUGUACAGUAAUACUCCGUUUUUACGAAUCCCAUACUUGGUGUCGAAUGACGCCGAAAAGACGCUCGUUGUGGCGAAAAUAAUUCAGCGUGCUACUCUGGAGUGGUACCCCUUUUUAGUAUAUGACUUUCGUGGUAAAUACAUACCUAAUAUAUGAUUUAUUUUCAACAAAAUUCAAACGUCCUUCGAAAAUAUUAAUUCUGUAUCUAGGCUAGCUAAGCUAGGUGGAAACCUACUUAAAAGUUGGUAUACAAUCUUGACGUGCCUUUUGAUUGAUACAUUUUAUCGAUCGAUAAAGUAAUAAUCAGAUUUUAACCUUACCUUACCUAAAUAAAGUAGUUUGUGAUUUCAUGAAUAUCAAUUAGCAAUGUGCGAAGAUUUCUAUUUUUACAGUGAAUAUUCCAAUAAAAACACAUGUCAAGAUUUUAAAUACCGAAACGCGGUAUGCUUAAAUCAUCAUUCAUCGCACUUUAACAAGCCAGUUACCAAUAAAAGACACUACCAUUUACAAUAUAUCUAUCGUAGAAUUUAAAUAUGCCAUAAAUGUGUGGUUUAGUCGACUUAUUUAUUCAUUAACUUAUUCGAUUAUGAUUCUUAGAAAAUAUUACUCGAUUCUUGGAUAUAGGAAUGUGAUAUAAUUAUUGACUGUUUUAUUCUAGACUUCGGAAAGAUAUCAACUAAGUUAGAUUAAUUUUCAAUAAAUUUAAUUAACUUAGACUAUGUUUUAUAUAAAUAAACUGUAUAAACAAAAACGUGUUUCAAU